AUGCCAACCCAAGUAGCACCUGAAAGUGACGAAGGCGAUAACAUGACUCAAGACAAAGGGGGCAAUAAUGUCGAUUUACGACACUUUGGAGAGUACGACCGAAUCCGCCUUCCAGUUGAAAUGGUCACUAGAAACUCAACAGAAAGGGUAUCCUUCGUGCCAUCGGAUUCUUCUGACACCGGAAUUGGAAUCUGCGGAUGGAUUCUUACUGCCCUUUCUAUGUUGGUUGCUCUUGCAACGUUUCCUCUGUCCAUAUUCUUCUGCAUCAAAGUGGUACAGGAAUAUGAAAGAGCUGUAAUUUUCCGCCUUGGACGGCUUUUACAUGGAGGAUCUAAAGGACCAGGAAUAUUUUUUAUCCUACCUUGCAUUGAGAAUUAUACAAAAGUAGAUCUUAGAACACUCACGUUUGAUGUCCCCCCACAAGAGGUGCUUACCAAGGAUUCAGUAACAGUUUCAGUGGAUGCUGUAGUUUACUACCGUGUUCACAAUGCUACUGUUUCUGUGGCCAAUGUCGAGAACGCCCAUCAUAGUACUAGAUUACUGGCCCAGACUACUCUCCGGAACAUGCUUGGAACUCACAAUCUACAUGAAAUACUGGCCGACAGAGAGACUAUAUCAAAUACAAUGCAGAAUUGCUUAGACGAAGCAACUGAUCGCUGGGGCAUCAAGGUUGAAAGAGUGGAAAUCAAGGAUGUUCGUCUGCCUGUUCAACUUCAAAGAGCAAUGGCGGCUGAAGCUGAAGCUGCGCGAGAAGCUAGAGCUAAGGUUAUUGCUGCAGAAGGUGAGCAAAAAGCUUCCCGAGCGCUUAAAGAAGCUGCUGAAGUAAUUGCCCAAUCCCCAGCUGCUCUACAGCUUCGGUAUCUGCAAACUCUGAACACCAUUUCAGCAGAGAAGAAUUCCACCAUCAUUUUCCCGUUGCCCAUUGAUUUCUUGAGCCAAUUUCUACCCUCUAGGCUCCAAGCUGCUUCGGACUAA